GCCCUCCGGUGUUGGGGCCGGGACCGGGGCCGGUGCCUGUGCUCGUUCCCGGCCCGGGGCCGCGGCGGGAGCGCAGCCGGCCCUCCCCGGGGGUACCGGACAGGUGAAAUCACCGCUUGGUACUGAGCGCCUCGUCCCGCGUCCCCGAGCUGCGAGGGGAGACCGCGGGUCCCUUUCCUUUUCCGGUCCUUCUCCUGCUCCCUCUCCGGUCCCGGUCCAGUACCGUUCCCGAUUCCAUUCCUGCUGCGGUCCCGCUCCUCUUCUGCUCCAUCUCCUGCUCCCUCUCCUAGUCCCUCUCCCGCUCCAGUUUCGCUCUAGUCCCGUUCCCGCUCCGGUCUCGCUCCAGUAUCGGUCUCACUCCCGCUCUGCAUUACUCUAGCCGACUCCCGAUUCCGCUCCCGCUCUCUUUCCAGCAGCGGUUCCGCUCCCGCUCGGCUCUGGCUCCAGUCCUAGUCCCGGUCUCACUCCCGGUCUCGCUCCAGUAGCGGUCCCCUUCCCCCUCCCGCUCCGGUCUCACUCCAGUCCCUCUCCCCAUUCCGGUCUCGCUCCUGUCGCGGUUUCGGUCCCGGUUCUUGUCCCGGUCCCGUCCGGCGGUGCCGGUGCGCGGUGCGAGCGUCGUGUGGGGCCGUGCCCGCCAGGGGGCGCCGCAGCUUCAGGGCCACCGGCCCGAGCCGGGAGGGGAACGGGGCGAGUCCGGACCCGCCGGACACGGACAGGCCGGACACAGGGGAUGCACCGGGCACGGACAGGCCGGACACAGGGGAUGCACCGAGCAUGGGCAGGCCGGACACAGGGGAUGCACCGGGCACGGGCAGGCCGGACACAGGGGAUGCACCGGGCACGGACAGGCUGAACACAGGGGAUGCACCGGGCACGGGCAGGCCGGACACAGAGGAUGCACCGAGCACGGGCAGGCCGGACACAGGGGAUGCACCGAGCAUGGACAGGCCGGACACAGGGGAUGCACCGGGCAUGGACAGGCUGGACACAUGGAACACACUGGACAUGGAUAGGCUGGACACAGGGGAUCCACUGGACAGGGUGGACAAAAGGAACUCACCGGGCACAGUAGGGGUGUACACACAGGAUCCCCCGGGCAUGGACAGGGUGGACAUAUGGGACCCACUGGACAUGGUGGGCAUGGGUGUAUGGGGCCCACUGGACAAGGACAAGCUGGACACAGCGGAUCCACUAGGCAUGAACAGGGUGGACACAUGAGACCCACCGGACAUGGUGGGCGUGGGCACACAGAAUCCACUGGACAUGGUGGGGUCGGGCAGAUGGGACCCACGAGAUGCACACAGGGUGGGCAUAUGGGACCCAUUGAGCAUGAUGGGGGUGGACACGCAGGUCCCACCGGACACAAGGUGGACACAUGGAACCCAUGGGGUGUGGUGGCAGUGGACACACAGGACCCACUGCACAUGGAUGGGGUGGACACAUGGGACUCACUGGACACAUGAGAACCAUCGGGCACAGCAGGGAUGGGGACAUAGGACCCACCGGUGGUGGGUGCCUGGGACCCACUGGGCAUGGACAGGGUGGGCUAAUGGCCCCCACUCCCAGAGCUGGCGGGUGAGGCGAUUGCCACGAGAGAGCAGUUGCUGGGACCCCCUCCUGCCCCUCAGCCUCCCACACGUUGUGUCCUCUGUGGGUGUCUGCAGGAGGAAAACUUCAGCCCCCAACCCCCUGCUUUGGGGGGGAUGGGGAGGUUCAGGGGAAAGCCCCCAGUGCUGAGCGGGGCUGGGGGUUGGGGCUGGAGCAGAGGGCAGCAGGGGUCAGCAUCACUGCAUGGGGGGAGCCAUCCCCAUGUUGAGGCCUUUCGGGAAGGGCAUGUUUGCUCAGAGCUGCUGCCUGCACCUGCCUGGACAUGGCCUGGCUUGCCAAGGCUGUGGCGGCCGUGGGGGGAGCAGAGUGCUGCUGGUUCCCAUUCCACCUGCUCUGAAAGCUGGGCCAUCCAUCCCUUGCCCUCUUGUCACUGUGGCACGGAGGGUCCCCCCUCUCUGCUCCCCUUCUCGGCACCACCUCAGAACUCUUGGCCUGACUGGGGUGGCACUUUGGCUUCACACGAGGCUGGGCAGGAGCCAAGCAUGGGGGUCCUGACUGAGACCUCCCCAGGAACUGGGACCCUCACGGGAAUCAGCACCCUCCUGAGAGAUUGGGGCUCUCCCAGGAAUCAGGGCUCUCUGCAGGGCAGGGGCAGAGAGGGACCAGAGUAGCUUUUGAUGCCUGUCCGUGCCAGGAGCACGUGUCACCUGCACCCAGGCACGGGCGGUGCCGUUACCUCAGGGGUGGGGCAUUGGCGCCCAGCAUCACCCGUGUCCUGAGUGGGGACGGGGGUUUGUGCCUGCUGGGGGGGGCCCCGGGACCUGGAGGGAGGUUACUGGGAGGUACUGGGAUGCCGUGGGGCCCUGGGCUGUACCUGCGUAAGCAUUUCGGGGGGGUCACCGGUGUUUAUUUGAGUGUAGGGUGAGGCGAUGACCAGCCGGUAAUGAUUAACCCUGGGCUGAGCCCAGGAGAUGAGGCCCCCCUACACGAGGGGCUGGGGCGCUCCGUGUCCCCCUUGUGCCCCCCCUCCGUGCCCCCCACCAGGCCCUGGGGCCCGUGGCUCAGCCCACGGAGCCAGGCAGAUGCUGCUCCCGCCCCUGCCCCAGGAUGCCCGGCUACUGUCCCGUCCUGUGCCCCCACCCGAGGCUGGGUCCGCCCACGGCACGGGGACGCUGCCAGCGGUGUCCCCCCGACCCAGGGAAGCGCGAGAGACCCAGCCGGGGGGGGUGAUGCUGCGGGGGCCCCACCGGCGCGGUGGCACCCCUGUGCCAAGUGGGGCAGAGCGACCCCCCCUCCCUGGAGCCGGCGGCGGGGUGGGGCCUCCCCACCUGCCCCAGGUGCUCUAUAAAGCUCCGGCCGCUGUCGAGCUGCCAGUUCCGGAUCCCUGGGUUGCAGCGUGUGCCACCGGCUAACGGGAAAGCAGCCAUCGCCGGGCCCCACGAGGCGCCGGGACCCCCGGACGAGCCCCAUGGCGUUCCCUGUCUUUCUGCUGCUGCUGCUGGGCACAGGUACACGUGCCAUGACCACCGAGACAACCAUGGAGAUGGAAACCACCGAAACGACCACUGAGGAGAUGACCACGGAAACGAUGACCACCACCUUGUCUCCAAAUAUAUUCCCCAAAAUCACAGAUGCCACUGUGUUCCCUGGCACAAACACCACGAACUUCCAGUUCAGCAACCGCUCCAUGUCCAACAGCACUGUGGUGCCUGUCCUCAGCAGCCCAGCCACCUCCCACGGCAAUGCCACCUCAAACAGCAGCAGCUGGGCCCCCCACUUUGGCACCAACAGCAGCUCUGCCGCUCCCGCCACCGUGGAUGGCAGCAGCUCCAGCACCAAAGGCAAUGGGAGCACCAGUGCUCAGAUCUUUCCCACCAGAAUAACGUCUGAGGGUGGCACGGCUCCCAGGCAGACCCCCACCAGGAGCGUUCCCAACCCCAGCAAAACCACGGGCCAGCUGCCCGCUGCCGUCCAGCUGCUCCUCCGUGUCCCGCUGUCCUUCCGCAUCAUCAACAAGAGCUUCAACGAGAGCCUGCAUGACCCAGCAUCCGAGGACUACAGGAGCCUGAGCCGCACUGUCCUGACCAUGUUCGAACACGUCUUUGGCUGCGCGGGCUGCAUGGGCACGCAGACCUACACCGGGUGCAGCGAGCUGCGGUACAGCCAAGGCUCGGUGGAGGUCCAGUCCACCCUCGUGUUUGGGAAUGGAAGCGAUGCCGUCACUCCCGACGCCGCUGAGCAGCGCCUGAGGAAGAGCCUGGACCAGAAUGGCUUCAUCAUGGGCCUGCAGCUGGACAGCAUCCAGAGCUCCACAGAGGUGAUGUCCCCGGCUCCAGCACCCGUGGUCCCGGACUGGGCCAUUGCUCUGUUGGUCCUGGUCAGCAUCCUGCUGCUGUUCAGCAUGUUCACCUGUCUCCUCCUGAUGAGCACCUGCACGUGCCGCCGGAAAAGCCAAGGGAAGCUGGACCUGCUCAGCCAGAAAGAUUCCUACCACCCCAUGGCUGAAUACCUCCAGUACCAGAGCCACGGGCGCUACGCACCCCCCAACAGCAAACCCAACCCCUACAGCCAGGUGGCCGGCAGCAGCACCAAGAGGGCCGGCACCUUCACCUACACCAACCCCGCCGCCGGCUCCGACAACCUCUGAGGGGCUCGCUGGGAAGGAGGGCGGCUGCCGAGGGGAGGGGGCGGCUGCAACCCCCCCACUCCCGGGGGAGCAGCACCGGCCCCGCGCACAUCCCCCGGUGCUGCCCGGCCCCUCGCCGUGGGCAGCGGGAGCCGGAUGGCUCUGGAGCAGCCGGAUCCGUGCACAUGCCAGAACUGGAUGAACGAAGAUUGGGGGCGGGAGGGAGGGUCCCGCACACCCCACGGUCCCUGCGCUCGCUUGGCUUUGCAACCCCGCUCAGUGCCGGGGGUGGAGGACUGGGCUGGUGCUCCCCCUGCGCUCACCCCCGGGGAUUCAAUGGCUCUUUUUGUGGUGUUAUUUUAUAUAAAUAUCUCUAUUUGCGGGGUGUUGGUGCCGGGCUUGGCUCGGCAGGGCAGCAGGCCCUCGGCUGGGGUAUAUUUAUCGCAGUUACAAUAAAAGGACGGGGGCAGCCAUGUGUCCCCAGGGCUGCACUGUGGUGUGGCAGGGGGGCUUCUCUGGGACAGUGACUCCCCUCUCGUGGCUGUCACCCACCCAGGUGGCCUCGGCUUGGGUGGUGGCUCUUGUUUCCCGAUCCAGGCAGUCCUGGUGUUGCUGCUGGGGGUGUCACCGUGUCCCUGGUCCCUGCAUGCCUCUGGAUGUGACAUGUCCUGCCAGACUCCAUCCCUCUCA